AUGCUAUUGCUGUUGGAUUUUUUGAAAUUUAACCAUAGUUGGUUACAGGCCUAUGCUCCUUGGCUUGCGUAUUCGAAAAUACUGAAAGCAGCUCUUUGUUUGUACUGUGUUCUGUUUCCACCGAAAAAAGUCCAAGGUGUUUUAGGUUCAUUUAUCAUCAAACCUUUUACACGAUACAAAGACAUUCACGAGGGCUGUAGAAACCAUAUUUCCAAUAAUUGGCACCAAGGAGCAACCGAAGCAGCUAAAAGUUUUAUGGAAGAAGUACCUAUAAAUAUUAUGAUGGUAUCCGGACACCAAAAAGUACUAGAACAAAAUCGAAAAAUUAUUUCGUCCAUAAUUUCAAAUGUACUAUUUUGCGGAACCCAUGAUCUACUCUUUAGAGGAAAAGGUCAAAAUGAAGGAGUUUUCUAUGACUUAAUUCAAAUGCGAAUUGAAGCUGGUGAUCAGUAUCUCCAAAACCAUAUCGAAAAGGGCAAGCGAAAUGCCAUCUACACAUCUCCGCAAAAUCAGAAUGAAAUCAUCAAUAUAAGUGAAACAACGAGACCGCUGAUAUCUCAGGAACAGAACAAUUGUCUAUUGGGAUUAGAUUUUUUGAUGAUGAGAAAAGGGCUAUCAGAGAAGAAUUUUUAG